AUGGUUCUAUUAACUGAUCUGCCCGUCGAGAUUCAUCAUCGAAUCCUGUUACUCGUGCAUUCUCAUCGCGAUGUUGGCGCACUCUCCAUACAAUGCCGCUCACUGCACACCCUUUGCGACAUGUCCAUGCGCAAGAAAUACCGGCGAGUGCACAUUGAUAACAACGACAAGAGCUUGGAUAAAGCAUUUGCGAUGCUCAUGAAAAUUCUCAAACGGCCCAGCUUAGGCCGUCCUACUAAAAGCCGCGGGGUCUACAUUGCACAAGCCUUGACUGCGCUGCUUAUCUCAGUUUCGCCGGAUUUGGAGUCAUUAGCAAUGCCACCACCGUUCUACAACUACACUGGCUUUUACUGGCCUGAACAAAGCCACGAUUACGAAUCAGUCAAAUUCCCACUGGAGAGAUUGCUUCGUCAGGUUAAUUCGAACCCAAACAAUAUGCCAUUCCUGCAGAAUUUGCGAAAUGUCUACGUGAUUAACAACGACAACCUUGAUGAUGGGCGUUUUUACUUGUCUAUGGACUUUAUGGGAGCUAUGCAUCUUAUUCAUCGUUUGCCAUCUAUAGAGAUGGUUAGAACAGAUAUUUUACAAGAGGAUGAGAACGGGGCGCCAAGGCUGGGGCCUGGAUCAUCUAACAUUAGUCGAUUCGCCAUCCAUCAUUCGUCGCUGGGUGUAUUUUACCUCACCAAUGUCAUAUGCUCGUCCAAGGUUCUGAGAGAGUUUCAGUACUCUAUUGGGGGCAGGGACGUAUUAGACGGAAGUUACUCGAUAUUCAAUCCCAAGACAUUUUUCUUCACGAUCUUGCCACACAGAGAGACACUGGAAAUAUUGGAUGUGGAUGCGGAGUGCCAUAUUGGUGAAUUCAACAAUGAGGUUGUGGAAUAUGAAGAAUUGGAUGAGAUUUUUGAGCAAUGGGGUGGUCGAAGUGAUGCAGAGCAUGUUUGGACAGGGACGCCACCGGAAUCGUUAUGGGGGCAGAGCGGAUCACUGCGGGAGUUCCGCGCGUUGAGACGAUUGAGUCUCGGUAUUCACACCCUGAUGUAUUACGCUCAGGGUGUCAACCUGGCAAAGAGAGAGCGCUGCAGACUGGCUGAUUGCUUGCCGCCGAAUUUAGAGUAUCUGCUCAUUCGGGGGUAUCGGAAAGGUCAGGACGAGAUACAUGACGCUCAGAUUGAUUCGCUGGUAGCAUGGAAAAAUAGUGGACUAUCCAGCCUGACAGAGAUUCAGGGAAUUACGGAGUGCAUACCGCAUGCUGAGGAUGUGGGCAACCCUGAUGAUGAAGAUGCCCCACUGUGGGAACGAGACGAGGAAUGGUCUUCGGACUCUGAUUGA